GUUCAAUUGGAUUAUCUCUUCCCAACCAGCCCUACACCUCUCCCACAAUCGAAUUAUGAUCCUGCGUCCGAGUAGUAUCGUCAGGGCACAGGCGACUGCUUUGCGCUCCUUCAGCGUUUGCAGCCGCGUCGCCGGUGCAUCGCGAUACUCCCCUACGAUCUUGUCGGGUGCCACGCGCAGCACAUCCGCCUCAUUACCAUGGCAGCAACCCCGGAGGUAUCAGUCUGGUGCUGCUGCUGCAGUGCUGGAGCAAGCAAAGACAACGCCGGGCACACUGGCUCAGGAGACAAUCAUAGAGAACUUAGAUCCAGUGGAGGCCGAACGGUUGUCUCGCAUCCGAAAUAUCGGUAUUGCAGCGCACAUUGACUCUGGCAAAACGACUGCCACCGAGCGCGUCUUAUUCUAUACCGGCCGCAUAAAGGCUAUACAUGAGGUUCGAGGGCGAGACUCGGUAGGCGCAAAGAUGGACUCUAUGGACCUGGAAAGAGAAAAGGGUAUCACGAUUCAGUCUGCGGCGACAUUCUGUGACUGGGUGAAGAAAGACAAGGAUGGCGUGGACCAGAAAUACCACAUCAACUUGAUCGAUACACCCGGCCACGUAGACUUUACGAUCGAGGUCGAACGAGCAUUAAGAGUCCUGGACGGUGCCGUCAUGAUUCUGUGUGCUGUAUCCGGAGUCCAGAGUCAGACGAUCACAGUGGACAGGCAAAUGAAGCGAUAUAACGUCCCAAGGAUAACAUUCAUCAACAAGAUGGACAGAAUGGGCGCAAACCCGUGGAAGCCAAUCGAGCAGAUUAAUUACAAACUGAAGAUUAAUGCUGCGGCUGUACAGAUACCGAUUGGAAGCGAAGACGGCUUCAUCGGAGUCGUGGACCUAAUUCGGAUGAAGGCAAUCUAUAGCGAGGGCGAGAAGGGUAUAAUCGUGAGAGAAACCGACGAGAUCCCGGCUGAUCUAGUCGAGCUUGCAAAUGAGAAGCGUCAAUUGCUUAUCGAGAAGCUUGCGGAUGCUGACGACGAAAUCGCAGAGCUCUUCCUGAAUGAGGAAGAGCCCACGGAAGACCAGAUCAAGGCGGCCAUUCGUAGGGCUACUAUUAGCCUCAAAUUCUCGCCAGUCUUCAUGGGAAGCGCGCUGGCUGACAAAGCGGUGCAGCCGAUGCUGGACGGAGUCGUCGACUACUUGCCCAAUCCCUCGGAAGUCGAGAAUCUUGCUCUAGACCGCAGAAGAAAGGAAACGUCGGUCAAGCUCGUAUCGUACAACUCGCUACCGUUCGUUGGUUUGGCUUUCAAGCUGGAAGAGAGCAACUUUGGUCAAUUAACAUACAUUCGAGUGUACCAGGGUACGCUUAGAAGAGGGAUGACUGUGUUCAAUGCAAGGUCAGAUAAGAAGGUCAAGAUUCCUAGAAUAGUGCGUAUGCACUCGAAUGAGAUGGAAGAUGUACAGGAAAUUGGAGCCGGAGAGAUUUGCGCUGUGUUUGGCGUGGAAUGCGCAUCAGGAGAUACUUUCACGGAUGGUAAGCUUGAAUAUACAAUGACGUCCAUGUUCGUACCGGAAGCGGUCAUCUCUCUGUCCAUUGCGCCCAAGACGUCGGCAUCUUAUAACAACUUCCAAAAAGCCAUGUCCCGAUUCCAGCGUGAAGAUCCCACAUUCCGUGUCACUCUAGACCCCGAGUCUCAGGAGACCAUCAUUUCUGGUAUGGGCGAGCUGCACUUGGAAAUUUAUAUUGAACGUAUGAAACGUGAAUACAAAGUCGACGUAGUCACUGGACAACCCCGCGUUGCCUACCGCGAGACCAUUGAAGGCAGCACUGACUUCGAUCACCUACUCAAGAAACAGACGGGUGGUCCAGGUGACUUUGCUCGUGUUAUGGGCCACUUGGAACCAACCGGUGACAUUACGACGAACAAGUUCAAGCAUACAGUCACCGGCGGAACCGUGCCCGAGAAAUACCUCACGUCCUGCGAGAAGGGCUUCUACGCGAUAUGUGAGAAGGGCCCACUGAUCGGGCACAAGGUCCUGGGCGCCAGCAUGCACAUCACCGACGGCGUAACCCACAUGACAGACUCGUCCGACUACUCCUUCUACCAAGCAACGCAGCAAGCCUUCCGCAAGGCGGUCAAGGAGUGCUCGCCCCAGAUCCUCGAGCCCGUCAUGAAGACCACCAUCACCGCGCCCAACGAGUUCCAGGGUAACAUCCUGACCCUGCUCAACAAGCGCAACGGCACCAUCAGCGACACGGAGAUUGGCACGGAUGAUUUUGUGCUGCAGGCCGAUUGCAGUCUGAAUAGCAUGUUUGGCUUCAGCUCGCAGCUGCGUGCCGCGACGCAGGGCAAGGGCGAGUUUAGCAUGGAGUUUAGCCAUUAUGCGCCUGCGCCGGUGCAGCUGCAGAGGGAGUUGAUUGCGAAGUAUCAGAAGGAGCAGGCGGAUCGGCAUAAGUGAGGUGUGUGUGUGGAUGUAUAUUUGAAAAGAAGAGAUGAGAUUGGUGACGCCGUCGCAUGCGGUUGAGCCGGUGGGUAUCUAGAGAUGUGCUCUGCUGUAUUGUAUGUCUGUAUGAUAUGUGAAGGUUUGUCAAGACUGCAUUUAGAGGGAAAGGGGGUUUGGGGCCAAAAGGGGGGUUCAUUGCGGUCGUCAUGAUAUGCCGCCCCGGGUCUUCACAUAGACGGAUGGUCUCAUCACUACUACACUACUACUACUGUAUUAUAAUGUACAAAUCCUGCGGAAAACGCCC